CCCUUGUGUGGAGAAGAAGGUCUAGCAGCCUGAUACCAAGCACCCCUUCCACCAGGGGGAUGGAGCCAUGGCAGGAGAUGCUGAUGGAGAAUCAGGACCUGUACCAAGAGAGACAGAAGGGAGAGCAGCCAAGUGAGGCAGGGGCAGCCAGGAUAGAGCCACUGCAAAAAGGUUCUCCCCUAAAUCAUGGAGUGGAACAGCCAGAACCCCCAGGAGAAGGAAGAAAUGCCCAGGAGAAAGGUGAGAAAUUGGGGCAAGGGGACACACCAGGUCAAGAGAUUGCAGCUCCAACACAACAGCUGCAGACUGGCACCAGCAGAGCGGGUCCCCCAGAACAGGAGGUGACUCCGAAAGGACAGGAUCCAGGGCCCACCUUAAGUCAUCCCGUCCUGGAUGGAGAUGGAAAUACCUUCGGAGGAGAAGAGAUGCCGAGGGUCUUUCAGAGAGGUGCCAAGGAGGAAGCGGAGCCGCCCGAGGAGGGGAGACGUGAGGAAGCCCUGAUGGGGGAGCUCUCUGAGCUGGUGCAGCAGGUGGUGAAGAGAAGCAGCUGGUGGGAGAGACAUGGCAUAGAUGACUCCAUCAUUGCCCUGAACUUCCUCAUCCUUCCUGCAGGGUUCCUGUGUCUGCGUUCAGACAAUGCCCUUCCCUUCCUGCUGGGCAUCUUCAUCUUGGGCAUAGUGCACCACACUGUAACAGUGAAAGGAAGCCACUUGGCCAGCCACAAUGCCUUGACGGAGUCCAAGUCUUGGGGGAAAGUUUGGGCCAUAUUCUUCCUUGAGGUUUGCUCGGCUUUCACAGCGGAGCAGGCAUACUACAACCACGUGAAACUCCACCACGGUUACACUAAUGUUAUCAAACUAGGAGAUUCCAGUACUUGGAAGCUUCCUUUCUUGAACCGAUACGUCUACAUGUUCAUUGCACCCAUUGCUAUACCUAUUUUAACCCCUCUAGUGGCACUUGGUUUGCUGAAGGACGUUGAGUUGAAAACAGCUCUCCGGACCCUCUGCUGCAUGUUUCUUGGGCUCUACUCCCAUUACUGGCUCCUGGUCAAUGUCUCAGGGUUCCAAUCAAUGUGGUCUGCCCUCAUCUGCAUGUUGAUCACACGAUCUCUCCUUGCCCACCCCUACAUCCAUGUUAACAUCUUCCAGCACAUUGGCCUCCCGAUGUUCUCUGCUGAUAAGAAGCCCAAACGGAUUCACCUGAUGAGCCUUGGAGUUCUGAAUCUGCCCCGGAAUGCCCUGCUGGACUGGUCCUUUGGGCACUCAAUCAUCAGCUGCCAUGUGGAGCAUCACCUCUUCCCAAACCUCUCUGACAACAUGUGCCUGAAGAUCAAGCCCAUAGUCUCCCAGUACCUGAAAAAGAAGAAGCUGCCAUACAACGAGGACUCCUAUAUGUCCCGACUACAGCUGUUCCUACACCGUUACGAGGAACUGAUGGUUAAUGCACCCCCAAUAACUGAACUUGUGGGGAUUCAAUGAUAGGCUCUGGAACACGACAGCAAGACAUAGGGCUGUUUCCUGUGGGUCAUUAUAACAUCGGACAAGAUCAGGAAAUUUAAAACCAAAGACAUUGCCCUUAUAAAGCAAUCAAAGAGGAAACAAGUUUGCCUGAAGUGUCUUGCUUUUGGACAGAUAGAAACACACAUAGAGACCAAGAAAUGCCACUAGAAUAAUAAAUUGUGACUGCAUGGUGAUGGGACAGAAGGGAAUUCUGUAGCUCCAAUACAGUAGAUCAAAUGGGAGUUUACCUGAGAUAUUAGAAGCUGGUAUUUAUUUUUCCUCCAUUCUCUUUUAACUCUUGGACAGAGGUCGCUAUUGAUUCUUGUUUUCUUUACUGUUGUGUCUCUGGAACAGGACUGGGAGCCCAACAAGAAAGGGAAUUCACAUCCUAUCCAACUCCAGUGUGCCAAAAGGACAGGAUGACUCAGGGGACUGGCAGUGGGGCAGCCUUUAACUCUAGGUCAAUGGUUCAAAUCUAGGCAAAGCUUGUAUGUUUGGAACAACUGAAAACUGGUUCCCAUCUGAUGGCUCUGAUGGCCCGUGUGAAUUGAGUUGAUGGCUCCAGUUCCUCAGAGAAAGAUGCCCAUAUUACAAAACCUUAGUCAGCAGACUCAGUUGAGAGGCUGAGAAUGGAAUGGGCCAUAAAGAAUGUGCUGCUUUAAAGGUGGUCUCUCCAGAUUAAUGGAGGCACAUUGGUGGUGUGGCGUAAGAGAAACUUGCACUGCUGCAGCCUGUGCUCUACCUGUUUUGUGGAUAAAUAAAUUCCUUUCAGGAGUGUGGAUUUGA